ACUUGAUGUUGAAAAGGUUUCUAAUAUGGCUAAAUUACAUUCUUUUUACAUGAUGAAUGCAAACAGUGGAUUAAAUUGCAUUACUCAAGAAAUGUCAGAGGAACAAUUGAUUAAUGCUUUACAUGAUUAUGGGGAUGGAUUAUUUUCUGGAGAGGGAAUUUUUGAUUUUGAAGAUACUGAUGAUGACAACAAUAGUGAUGAUGAUAACAGUAAUUAUGAUAUACCUAAUUUAGAAAUAGAGAAUUCUUUUUAUUUGUCAGAUUUUAAUGAACCUUAUGAAAGAGAAAAUUUUAAUAGACCAUUAGAAGAUAUAGAAGAUCAUGGAAAUUUUAUUCCAUUUGUUUACAUGCCAUACCCGUUGUUACAACUUUUUAGUAAAAAGGCCAAGACAAAAAAGCCUCAUACAACUCUGGAAGAAAGAGUCCAAAUUCUUCUUUCUCUUCAAAAUGGACAUACUACAAGGCAAAUAGCAAAGUCAACAAAUAUUAGCCCCUCAACAGUUUCUCGUAUUAAUAAAAGAUGGCAUGAACAACACUCCCUCAAAGAUGCACCAAAACCAGAGGUCCAAAAAUGUAUAGAAGAAAAAGAAAAUAUUAGUAUUUUGUCACCUACCAUUCAUUGUAUACUUCAUGCAAAUGGUUUAGUAUCAAGAAUUAAAAGAAAAAAACCCUACCUCAGCAGUAAACACCGAAAGCGUCGGUUAGAAUUUGCAAAAGAACAUGAACAUUGGACUAUCGAAGACUGGUCAAAGAUUAUAUGGUCCGAUGAGUCUAAGUUUAAGGUUUUUGGAUCAGAUGGGAAGCAAUAUUAUUGGAAACGUCCAGAGGAACCAUUAAACCAUUUCCACAUUAAACCUACAGUGAAGUUUGGGGGCGGGUCGGUGAUGAUAUGGGGCUGUUUUACAUCUCGGGGUGUUGGUGGCUUUUGUAGGAUUGAUGGCAUUAUGGAUGCUAAAUUGUAUCAACAGAUACUUCAUGAAGAUCUUAUGAAUACUAUCAAAGAUCAUGGAUUUAAUGUCAAAGAGGUCAUAUUCCAACAGGAUGGAGACCCUAAGCAUACACAUCUAUGGAAUGAGGUUGAUCGUCAUCUCAGGCAUCUCCCUGGGCAAAUUUCGGGCAAGGAGGAUUUAUGGAAUAAGAUACAACAGGCACAAGGUGGUUAUACAAGGUGGUAG